AUGAAUGCAUCACAUACAGAGUUUAUAGAAAGCUAUAUUGAUUAAAGCAAUAAUUACAGUAAAACAAAACAAUUUGAUAAAACUGUAUAAAAUAAUGGAAUACAUAUGAAAUAAUAAUCAAUCUUUAGAUACUUAGUUUUAUUUUUGUCGAUCUGGAUAAUUAUUCCUUCAUUUUAUUGCUUUGAUUAACCAGUUGCAAUAUAUAAAACACUACAAUCAUUAUUUUAAGAAGAUUCAACCAUAAAUUUUGACUUAUAUUUCGCAUCUCUAUACAUAAUCUAUGCCUUUGGUAAUGCCUUCUUGCCUCUUUUAACAGGUGGAAUGAGAGAUUGUUAUGGAGACAGAAUAAUUAUGACUUAUAUAGUAGGUGUAAAUAUUAUUAAUUAAUUUAGCUAUUAUGAUAUUGGGACAACUAACUUUUACAAUUGGAGUUUAUUUUAAAUCAUUUUUAUUAAUGAUAUUUGGUAGAUUACUUUUAGGAUGGGGUAUUGAAUCAUUGUUACCUUUAUGGUCAUCUUUUUUGGCUCCUUUUUUUAAGAAUAGCAUUGUAAGAUUAAAUUAAGUAUAUAGUCAAUAGUUUUGAGUAUUUUACAACUUUUUUCAUAAAUUGGUUUAGUGCUAUCUAUCUAUUUAACUCCAAUCAUUUAAAAAAAUUACAAUUUGAUGAUAUCAUUAUUAAGUGGUGUAGCUUUUAUAUUAAUUGGUUAUAUUUUAUUGUGCUUAGGCUUUUUAAUUGAUGAAAAACUAGAAAAUGAAAAUUACUUAUCUUCAUAUAGACAACUAUAACCGAGCAGUGAUAUAAUUUUAACAGAAGAUGCUAAAAUAAUCAAUAAGCUUUAUUUUUUUAAAUUUAAAGAUAUAAAAAUAUUUCCUUAAAUGUUUUGGCUACUUUUAGCUUUUAAUUCAGUGUUCUAUUGCUCUAUAGUUACACUCGUAAAUGUAUCAAUGUAUAUAAUGGCAUCAGUACUAUUUGAUAUCAAUAAUCAAAUUGAAGAACUAGAUAUUGCAUUAUUUUGGAUGCUAGGAUGCUUAUCUCUUUUUAUUAUUGGUCCAUUGGUUCAAUAUUUUACAUAUAGAAGAUACUUAAUAAUUGUCUCUGUUAUCAUUAUUAUUAUUGGUCAUAUUUAAUACUUAACUUCACCUCACAUAGGCUUAAUUAUUUUAGCAAUAGGCUAUUGUUUAUCAUUCGUUUGCACUUGGAGCGCAAUUAUUUACAUAAUUAAAUUAAAAUCUUUUGGCAAAGCAUUUGGUCUAACUGUUGGAUUUUAAAAUUUAAUUUUUGUAUCUAUGCCUUUCUUAUUGGACAUCGUUAAUAGAAAUAUUAUGGGCACUUUUAAAGUUUUAAUAUCAUUCUCUUUAUUUGCUUUAAUUUUAGCUAUCUAGAUUUUAGUUGAAGAUAUAAGAUGCUUCAAGUAAGAACUAUAUUUAAAUUUAGCAUCUUAGAUAAUAAACUAGCUCCUAUGUAAUUUAAAAAAAUCAAUAAUGCAAGUAAUGAAGAUAAUAAUAAUGAGACUGAUUUAUUUGCAGAAUAUUUAGAGAACCCUUAAUGA